AUGAUCUCCAAAACUAAUAGUGUUCUAUGUAUCUUUCUUUCUUUUCUCCUCAUACUAUUCUUCCCAUGCACAGCCAAAACCGCUCCAAGACCUAGAGCGUUUAUUCUUCCAGUAACCAAGGAUGCAGCCACUAAACAACAUAUCACUACAAUUCGCCAAAGAACACCUCUUGUACCAGUCAAAUUUACAGUAGACCUUGGUCAACGAUUCUUGUGGGUUGAUUGUGAAAAGGGUUACGUUAGUUCAUCAUAUAAACCAGUUCCUUGCGGUUCUAUUCCUUGUAAACGUUCUUUUUCUGGCGCGGGUGUUGAAUCUUGUUUAGGUUCUCCUUCACCAGGGUGCAACAAUAACACUUGUUCACAUAUUCCUUAUAACCACUUUAUUCGUACUAGCACUAGUGGUGAACUUGCUCAAGAUACUUUUUCACUUCAAUCAAUUGAUGGUACGUAUCCUGGUAAAUUUUCAUCAGCGAAUAGUGUAGUUUUUGGUUGUGCUCCUAGUUCUCUACGUGAAGGAUUAGUAAAAAAUGUUAAAGGGAUUAUUGGACUUGGAAAUGGUUAUGUUGGAUUUCCUACUCAAUUGGCUAAUUCUUUUUGUAUGCCUAGAAAAUUCGCCAUUUGUUUGACUUCUUCAUUACAUAAUUCUACCGGAGUUAUUUUCUUUGGUGAAAGUCCUUAUAUUUUUCAAGUUUUUGACUCUCCCUUAGAUUUCUCAAAGAGACUAGUUUACACCCCACUUCUUAAAAAUCCGGUAAGUACAUCAGGUUCGUAUUUUCAGGGGGAGCCUUCGACGGACUAUUUUAUUGGGUUGACAUCUAUUAAAAUUAAUGACAAUGUUGUACCAAUAAACACUACAUUGCUGAGAAUAACUAAAAAUGGGAAAGGCGGGACUAAAAUUAGUACGGUUGAGCCUUGGACGAAAAUGGAGACUUCGAUUUACAAUGCUUUUACAGAGACAUUUGUUAAAUUGCUUCCUAGAGCUACACGGGUGGAACCUGUGGCACCUUUUAAGGUGUGUUAUGAUAGAUGGAGUUUUGGAGAUACUCGUACUGGUCCUGGUGUGCCACCCAUUGAACUUGGUUUGCUAAACAAUAAAACUUGGACUAUGUUUGGUGCAAAUUCGAUAGUGCAAGUGAAUCACGUGCAAUGUCUUGGUUUUGUGGAUGCUGGGCCUGAACCCACUACUUCUAUAGUCAUUGGAGCACAUCAAAUCGAAGAUCACCUUAUGCAAUUUGAUAUUGCUAAUAAAAGGUUGGGUUUCUCUUCUUCGCUCUUGAUUGAUCAAACAGCAUGUGGUAACUUUAAUUUUACAUCCAAAGCUUGA